CACUGAUGACAAAUCUAUGAUAAACAUCGAAGGGACAGAGAUAGAACACGUAGAUGAAUAUAAAUAUAUUGGUCAAAAUGUCAAGGUAAGCAAAGAAAAUCAGAUUACCGAAAUAAGCAGACGUGUAAAAAUGGGAUGGGCAGCGUUCGAAAGAAAACAUGGAGAAGAUCAGAAAAACUCAGAGAGCCAUGCUACGACAGAUGCUGGGUAUCUCACUCAAAGACUAUAAAACCAAUGAAGACAUUCGUAAGAGAACAAAAGUAAAAGAUGCUGUCGAACAGGCUGCUAAACUGAAAUGGAAAUGGGCUAGACAUAACGAACGUCUUACGCAUGGCCGAUGAAAUAAAGAA